AUGAGCGGGCGUAAGCGAAGGGCGUCGACGUCGAGCGUCGAAACCGUCGAUGGGGACAAGAUCCGCUGGUUGCAGGAGUCUUCAGUUGUCAGGUCACAGCCCAAGGACGUCUCCAAGGAUGAAUAUCCUUGCUUUGAGCUGCGCGAUGCCACUGUCUACGAUAGGAAGGGCGAAGCUCUCGAGAACGCUCUCAAUGUUGUCGUGCGAGGCCCAUAUAUCGUGCGAGGCCAUCUCAUCAUAGACGAUCCCUCUCAAAAGACACACCUCAUUAUGAGGGUCCGGUCAUCUACACCUAUAGAAAUCCGUCAUUGUAUCGCUUAUUCGAUCGGCGAAGACGAAGGGCGCCCAGUCGUAUGGGUUUUGGGUCGCGGGGGGUGGUACGAGAUUAACCCUUCAGACGCAUAUCGACCGAUAUUCAAUAAGAUGUGCGAGGCAACGACCAUGUAUUACAGCUUGGUGGACAUAUAUACUUCAGCCAAGUUUAGCAGGACACCUGCGCGACCCGGCUCCAAUCUCCUGGAGGCACUCCACGAGGAUUUUCUGCAGGACGUAGUGCAUAAAACCGAGUUGGCACUCAAAAACCCACGAAAACCAAGCAGCCCGACGCGCGAGGCAGCGAGUCCAGCGCCGAGUAACAGGUCCUCAAACCGCAUUACCAGGAGUCUAAGCACGGAGGUGGUUGAUCCCGACCAAAUCCAACUGUCGAAACGACCGAAGCCCAGCCCGCGCACAGAUAUAGCGAGUCCUAGUGCUGCUACUCAGAGGCCAACAAUACCUACCCAAUCUGCCGACUUUGCAAUGAGCACCGCAGCGGAUGAUGACUCUCCGUUUGCCUCCGUCCUUAAUGCGCUAGAAUUAUUAUAUAAAGAACGCGGCGAUUCUAAGAAGGGGAUUACCACGACGAAUGCUCUCAAUUUUAUCUAUUUCAACUACAAGAUUCCCAAUUUUAAAGACGGCUCUGUAGGAGCCCAUCGAGUUCCUGCUGCAGAAGUCUUGCAUUACAACGCCGUUGCAUUAUUGCAAGCACUCGACAAGGAGAGGUUCCAGAAGCAGGAGCUCUACUCAUAUCUUGAGGAGCUAUCAACAAAGCCAUUUUCUCCACGUGCUAUAAAAGCAUCGGAUUUUCCUUUCCGACUAGUGCCACGCAAAGCCAUGCCGCGCCAGUCCAAGAAGUCAGUACCAACCGCUGCCGACCCAGACUCAUCUUCACAUGAAACUGGAACAACAAGUUCCAACGACCCUCCUCGGUACAUUGGCAAAACAUUGAAACGACCUGGCCGAAGACCGAUUAAGACAUCAGGCUUGCGAACAGUAACUGCCUCGAAGAAGCGAGCCUAUGCGGAGAUCGACGAUGAGAGUGAGCAGGACUCUGAGGCCUCAAUCCUGAAGCGGUCGCACUACUUCUCCGACAAGGACGAGGAUGAGGAAGAAGAAGACACUUCUAUGCAAGACUUGACUGAACCACUAUCAGACGAUGUAGAGCCCAUCCAGAUUGUGAUUCGCACGGAGAAGAUACCCUCCACCGUCCCUCGAGGGCCUGACGAUACAUGGGCCUGUGAUGAAGAUGGCUGCUCAUAUGUUGUUCGAGGUGGUGACGCUCAAGGGUGCCAAACUCGGAUUCAAAAGCAUUUUGAAGAACACGCGGAGCAGAAUAGAAGACUGAACCUGGCAGUUACAGAAAGCACCCGUGGCCAUAUGCCGAUUAAUCAUCUACUCGAGAAACUAAAGCGAAUGGGCGAAAAAGCCCCGCAGAGCCAGCAGCCUGGUGGAACACUCCCGCAGCCGAUCAAGAGGAAACUGAUAGUGUGA